CCUUUCACACAGGUAGCUGUAGCUGAUCCCAGGGUUAUUAUCAUCAUGAAGAUGCAGUCCGUCUUUGCUUUCGUCCUUGUGGGGCUGUGGUGCUCAGCUAUAGCAGCCGAGGACGCGGGACAGCUGGCCAACGUGGAGGCGGAUCCGGCGGUGGCUUCUUCCGAGGCGGAGGCGGCGGGGUCGAGCUACGGCCACGGCCACGGGCACGGGCACAGCGUGGGCGCGGGCCUGGUGAGCAUCGCGCAGGGCGCCGUGGACGCUGCCCACGCCGCAGUAGCCGGGCAGCCGGCCGCGGGCGGCCAGGCCGCCUUCCAGGCCAAGAACGCCCUCGCGCAGAACGCCGCCGCCGCGGCAGCCACGGCGCAGGCCGCGCUCGCCGGCAAGCAGCUGAUCGUGGCUAACCUGGAGCAGGCACAGCGGGACGCUCUGGUGCAGGUGGAGUCUGAGCUGCUGCAGCUGGCGCAGGCGCAGCGAGCUGCCACGACGGCGGCCGAGUCCGUGGAGGCGACGCAGAACCAGGUGCGCGCAGUAACGGCGGCGGUGAACGCUGCGCAGGUGGCGGCCGACCAGGCGGCGCGCGCAGCGCAGGAGGCGCAGGCCGAGCUGGCGUCGCAGAGCGGCAUGGUGGCGGCGGCGCGCACGCGCUUCGGCCAGGCGCAGGCGCAGCUGGAGGACGCGCGCGCAGACCUGGCCGCCACGCAGCACGCCGCACAGCAGGCCGCUGCAGCUGCUCAGGCCGCACAGGCCAAUGCGCACAAGCACAGCCACCACUGACCUCGCCGUUUCUUUGCUGAGUUUGAUACUCCAGUUCCAUUCUCAGCAGCGUAACAAGUAACAUCUAUCCUCUCCUCUCCUCCAUCGGUAUGGAUAAUGUGGGGCUUUGCACAUAAUUUGUCUGAUUACUAGUAAUUAGUACUAUUAUAUUAUAAGAUUGUAACAAUGUUCCCUCAGACUCUUUUCUUGUUUGUCAACAAAUAUCUACCAACUAUACUGAAGAAGAAUAACACACUCAAUGAGAGUCAAAGAUCAUAAGAGAGGUAUUGCAUGGAGAUUUUCCUGUACUUGUUACUUCAGUAUUAUAAUAAACAGGAACUAGCUGCUGUGAAAUUUCAGAGAGCUAUUUCUAUAAGUGUA